AUGGUCGACCGGGGAUCGGCUGCGACGCGUACACACACGUCGGUUCGGCCAGUUCGGGCGAACCAGCCGGAACACAACCAUCAACAUCUUCCUGAACCACUGGACCCCGACAGAUCGAGGCCGACGAUGUCAUCCACAGCCAAUGAUCCAAUUAUAAACCCAGACCAAAAACUGGCCAACCAGCAGACGACAGAACGAGAUCAAUCAAUACAGACGAAGAUUCAAGCAAUUCUCUCCUCUAAGCUAAGCUUCAUCAAUGAUAUUUCAAACGAAAAGGAGACCUUCUCGCAUGUGAACAACCAACAUCGCUUAAAAGAGCUCAACCAGACUAUCGGGGAAUCAAUUCAGAAAACACUCCUAGAAUUCUAUUCCAAUGGUUAUAAAUUCAUGAUCUGUACACAAGUGAUUGAAAACAAAGGACAAGCAGGCAGAGCGGGCUUGGUUUCUCAUUGGGAUCAAGUUAAUGACAAGGUCUUCAAGGAAGUUUGGUCAAAU